AUAGGGGCUCAAACAAAAAGAGAGAGAGAGAGAGAGAGAGAGAGAGAGAGAGAGAGAGAGAGAAGUGUUGAAACAUGAAGGGUACUGGUAAUGUGACUAAUGUCUCGUGGGUCUUGGCGUUCUUGCUCUGGCUGGUUUCAAUCAAUGGGGCAUGGGGUCAGGGGGUGAGUCCAAGCCAGUGCCAAGACGAGAUAAGAAAGGGGAUCAGCACAUGCAUGGCUGUCGCGAUGGGCCAGCCGCCCUCAGCUGCAUGCUGCGCCCUCGUUCGGGUCGCCCACGCUGAGUGCGUGUGCCCGUUGGUCACGCCGGAGGUGGCCGCGAUGAUCGACGUCAACCGGGCCAAGAAGCUCGCCGAGGGCUGCGGGAGGAAGAUCCCUCCCAACUUCAAGUGCGGAAGCAUUACCAUUCCAUGAAAGAUCUACGAACACCCUCCCCUCUGCAUCGGAUGGAUUGGGCAUAAACGGUUGUAAUGGAGCACAAAGAGAGAUGACACUUGUGUACUCCAUUUGGAAUGAUCAAAUAAAUAAAGGUGGUUCAUACAAAUGUUGCAAUCCGUCGACCAUGCUCUUAUCUUUCCACCUUCCAUAGGCAGGCAAUUACA